AUGGACUUAGAAAAAUACUUAGCGCAAUUUCCAAAUUCAAAUACAAAUCUGAAUAAAUUUAUCUAAAAGGAUAGCCUUAAUCUAUAAUGUACCUAUGUACCACCUAUAGCAAUUCUUCAUAAACAAUAAUAAAAAAUAGAUUUCUCAGAUGUUAUGAAUUUACUACAAAAUUAUCAAAAUUAUAAUACUCGUGAAUUUAGAUAAAGUCAUAUUGAUUUUGAUGAGAAAACUUGUACUUGUUUUAUUUUAAUUCAGUUUAUGUUACAAUACAUGAUGAAAAGAAAUCUAUUUUGAAAGAUGGUGACGAUAAUGCAAUCAUUAUAAUUAAUUCUUAAAAUAUCAUCACAGUUGGAAUUGUAGAUUAAUUUUCAAAGUGUAAAAAAUAAUUCCUUUAAACCUUAUAUCUUUUUGAUAAAUUGAAAAAUGAUAAUUAUAAAUAAUUGUUUUGA